AUGGCUAUAUUCGAAUCUGUUCGAAAUUUUGUGCAAUCGCCUACUGAGUUGAAAGUGCGCACUGCUACCGAUGAUAAUGAGAAUUCAGGCGCCACUGGGACGUUAAUGAAUGAGAUCAGCGUUUUGACAUAUAGUACCAAGACUAACAAAGAGAUUGUUACCGUGUUGAAGAAGCGCUUAACAGGGUACGGUAAGAAAUCAUCACAUAGGAAUUGUAUCCAUAUCAUCAAGACGUUGACGCUUAUUGCGUAUCUAAUGAAUAAUGGGUCACUUGAGUUUAUUCGAUGGAUAAAUGAAAAUCAAUUGUUAUUUGAAGUGAUGAAAAACUUCGAAGUUUCAGAUACAAUCCAUGACGAGAAGUUUGCUAUUCAAAUCCGAGACUUGAGUGAACGAAUCUUGGAAUUAAUCAAUAACCGAGAAUUAUUGGAACAAAAGAGAAAUGAAGUAGAUGAAUUCCGUUCUAGUAUUUCAUCACCUGGUAGAAAAAGUACCGAUAACAGCCAUAUUAGGAAAAGUACUGAUAGUCUGAUAAGAAAGAGUCUGGGAGAGAGAAGUACUAAUUUUCGUAGCAGUCUCGAUGAGAUGCGCAAGAGUAGUAUGGGAUAUAGUGAUAAUCCUAAUGGAAUAAGCAAUGGUAGUUGCAGCACUGCAAAUAGUGCCAAUUCGAAUAACAGUAAUUUGAUCGAUGGCAAUUUAAAUAAUAGCAAGUAUAUUGGAGGACUUGAUUUAAGAAGAUCUGGUUCCUCAUCGAGAAGAAAUACACAUGAGUAUGGUAAAUUCGGUUUAGAUACACUUACAGAAGAAGACCAUCCAAGUAAAAACGAUCCAUACAUUUACAGAGGCUAUAGUAACGGUGGUAACGUGGCUACUAGUCCUCUUGCCAAAGACCCAACCACUGCAUACUUGGAAGAAGAGACUUUUACAAAAAAUAAUACCGAUACAAAUACAAAUGCAAACCUAUCGAUACCCGCCAACAGCAACACUAACAAUCUCAUAUUCCAUACUAAUCCAUCAGAUGACCAUACAACCACAUUCUCCCACCAGAUGAGCCCGGAGAUAUAUGCCAGCUUGGCCCCACCACCGAUCACGACAUCCAACCCUAACACGAACCCUAGUGCGAACCCUAGUGCGAACCCUAUCACGAACCCUAGCACAAGCACUUGUCCUGUAUCCCCUAUAGUAGAAACAUCGCCUGCUACAACAGCCACCAGCAGCUCUAGUAAGAAGUCACAAUUCUCUGUCCAUAAUCCCUUCAGAACACUCCAACCAUAA